GCCCGCCGUGUCUCAUUGGACUGUUGGGCUGUCAUGAUUUGAUGGGCCCAGCAUGUCGUCGCAAGGAACGGACUCUUGGCGCGCCGAGAGCCCGGGACGCAACAAGCCGAGAGCCGCCGGCGAGGUGUGAUGCUACGAAGACGGCGGCGGCGUCCGUUUGAUGCGCUCACCUCCUCCUCCUCCCGCCGCCUCCGCCGCGCUGUCCAAGCAGCACCUCCUCCGCAUCCGCCGCUGCCUCCCACCCGUUUGGCGAAAUGCCGCCCCUGCCCAGGACCCGCCGCCGCCGCCACCGCCCAACUCCUCCUCCUCCCCCGCUUCCCUCUCAGCCCUUCUCUUCUCCUGCACCGCGCAUCGCGCCCACCGUCCCGGGGAGCAGCUGCACGCGCGUGCCGUCACUCUUGGCCUGGGCGCGCACCCCUCGGUGCUCCCCAGGCUCGCCGCCCUCUACAUCGCCCUCGGCGACCUCCCCGCCGCACGAGCGGCCGUCGAGCAGGCGGCGAGAAAUGCGCGGGCUUUCCCCUGGAACCUGCUCAUUUGGGGCUACGCCGGCCGGGGGCUGUGGGAAGACGUGGUCCUCGCGUACGAGAAGAUGCUGGCGCUGGGCGUCGACGCCGACAGGUUCACGUACCCGUCGGUUCUCCGUGCCUGCGGCGAGCUCCGGGAGGUCACCGUUGGCCGGAGGAUUGAACGGCGUAUUCGGAGGUGUAGAUAUGGAUUGGACAUGUAUGUCUGGAAUGCUCUGGUGGGGAUGCACGCCAAGUGCGGGGAGCUGGAGGAUGCGCGCAGGGUGUUUGAUGGAAUGCCUUUGAGGGAUGUUGUCAGCUGGAACACGAUGGUUUCCGGGUAUGCGUCGAAAGGCUUGUGGGAUGAGGCAUUUGAGCUGCUACAGCGGGUUCCUGGGGUGAACAUUGCAACCUGGAACGCAGUCGCAGCGGGAAAUUUGAAGGCAGGGAACUACGACGAGGUGACAAGGUUGGUGUCGCUGAUGAGGAGUUCCCAUGGUCCAGGGCUUGAUUUUGUGACUCUUGUGAUUGGCCUCAAGGCAUGUGGUAAGAACGGUUAUCUGAGGAUUGGCAGGGAGUUGCACAGUGUGGCUGUUCGUCUGUGCUUUGAUGGGCUUGAGCGGGUGGAGAAUUCGUUGAUCACAAUGUACUCAAGAUGCGGAAUGAUCAGCUAUGCCUACCAUUUGUUUCGAACAUGUUCAAUUCGGAGCAUAGCAACUUGGAAUUCAUUGCUAGCAGGAUUUGCAUUCACGGACCAGGUCGAGGAAGCUAUUUCUCUUUUCAAAGAGAUGACUGAUUCCGGUGUCUGUCCAAAUGAUGUUACUGCAUUAACUAUGCUUUCACUUAGUGCACGUUUCGGACACCUCUGUCACGGAAGGGAGAUGCACUGCUACAUCCUUAAACAUGGACUCAGUGGCUCUAACUUACUGCAGAACUCACUCGUUGAGAUGUAUUCAAAGUCUAGACAGAUGGCAGCUGCCCAGAGAGUGUUUGACCAGAUGCAAUGUCAAGACAGGCAUGCCUACACUUCACUGAUUUUGGGUUAUGGAAUGCAAAGAGAGGGGAAUGUAUCGUUGAAGCUCUUUGAUGAAAUGAUUUCCAACAGUAUCAAGGUGGACCAUGUAACUAUGGUUGCGGUUCUUUCAGCAUGCAGCCACUCUGGGCUAGUAACUCAAGGGCAACUACUAUUUACCAAGAUGUUCGAUGUAUUUUGCAUCGCACCAAGGGUGGAACAUUUUUCUUGCAUGGUCGAUUUGUACUGCCGUGAAGGUUUGCUGAGGAUGGCUGAGGAGAUAAUUGACAAGAUGCCAUUCCAGCCAACUGCUGCAAUGCUGGCAACUAUUAUUGAGGCUUGUAGGAUCCAUUGUAAAACGGAAAUUGGGGAUCGAGCUGCAAAGAGGCUGCUGGAAAUGAGGACAAACAACCCUGGUCAUUACAAAUUGAUUGCAAACAUGUAUAUAGCAGCAAAACGCUGGCCAGAACUAGCUAAGGUUAGAUCAUUAAUGAGCGCCAUGGAGCUAAAUAUGAUCCCAACUCAUUCCUUACUAGAGUCGGAAUAUGACAUAUGUCCAGUCAAACAAGAUUAUUGCUUCAACCACAGUACAGAUGGAGGCUUGUCUGAUGACAUGACAGAAACUGAUUUCUCUAGUAGUGAGGAAGUGAAAUGCAAUGGAGCUUUUGGUGGGUAAUAAUAAAGCUGGAAUCCAAUAAGCUAUUUUUGGACCAUGGCUUUUAUGUUAGGCAAGCAACUGAACAACCUGUGCUCUUCACAUCACGGAUGGGUAAUAAUAAAGCUGGAAUCCAAUAGGCUCUUUUAGACCAUGGCUUUCAUGUUAGGCAAGCAGCUGAACAACCUGUGUUCUUCGCAUCACGGAAGAGGAGGAUGUGAAAGAAGAUAGUAGAGGUCUUUUUGCCUCUCUUGCCAAGUAGUAGAGGCAAUUGGAUGGAACAGGUAUGCUUGCUCCUUUCACGAAAAGGCAACAAUCUUAGCAAUAGAACCUUUGCAUUGCCACAUACAAAGAUGACACAUCCAAUACUGCCUUCAAGCUCAACCACAAAUGAUUCAGUUUGAAGUAAGCUGUCACCCUAUCACCUCAAGAGCAGCUGACCAACCUCUGAAUUGCCCGAGUAUAGGAACAGCUUUGGAUAGUACGUGUAAUGCAUGUUCUCCAUGUCAGUAGCGGUUCUGUUUGGACACAGGAGUUGCUGUUAGCUGCUCUCUCCGGUCAUAGUCUAUCCCGCAGUCAUGAUAUCAAAUGUGUUAACUCUCCUUUCUGUUUACCCAUUGAUUACUGUGUUUCUAUUGUUGCAUGGUCUCUAUUUUAUGCAAAAAUGAGUAGCUCAUAACCUACUGGUAAUAAUAGUAAUGCUGCUCCAUAAAAAGAUAGAGAAUUCUGAUUCUCUAUCUUUUUAGACAGCCUGUGCUUUGUAGUCACUGCUCAACUUUUUGUCCCAUGCUGUCAGUGUUGACCUCUUGAAACUUCGCAGGAUUAUGCGCAGCUCGAUUCCCCACCUCUGCGAUUUUUUCCCCAGAACUGUCUGCUGCGAAUCAAAUACCGACCAUCCCUGCGGAUUCUUGGCAGCGGUCGCUCCAGCAGGAGAGCGUGGCAAUCCGCUGUUGCUGUAACGAGAUCGCCAACACAUCUCCGCUGCCUGCUUCUGCAAUGUGGAGCGUGCACGAAGGAGGCCGUUUCGGCCGCAUAUGUUGUUUAGGUGUUGAGCUAUUUAAAGUUUAAUUAAAAGUCUGAAAACGCUGCUACUUCUCGCAGCACAAAUCCUUGUGUUCAUCAAGCUUGCAGGAAGAACUCUGACAGUCGCCAACAUAUCUCCACUGCCUGCUUCUGCAACGAGAUGGCUACCUGGUCGGCACCCACUCGCCCUCCAGAACCGCUCGUCGAUGACUGGAGCGUUGCAACCACUGAAGCGAGGACCUUGCCGUCCAACCGCGGCGGCGCAGGCAACAAGCCAGUGGCUACGUACGGGGGAAGCCGCCGUGUACGAAGCGCGUGGAGGCAUCGUUCUGGAAAUGCCUGGCUCCCGGCGCUGGUCGCCGGCGAGGAGCCGUCGAACGACAUGAGCUGCGUGGCGAUUGCAUUUGCAGUGGCCACUACUUGCAGUGCAGCUGAAGCAGCAGCUUGUGAUCGAUCCAAUCCAAGUCUUCUUGUCUUAGCAUUAUUACUCAUGUAAGUCUUCGUCUUCCCCUAAAAACAAAAACGAAGAAAAGGAAGCCUUGCCUUAAAGAUAAACAAAACCAAGUCUUCGUCGUCAAGGGUAAAAAACAAAAGAACAGGUCUUGUCUUAUUUCAAGUCUUUUGUUCAUCUUUGAAUAAAGUUUUGUGUCUA